AAAACGGAAAUUUUAAUAAUUUAUUAGAAUCCUCCUUCCAAUAUCUCUUUGAUUCAAAAUGACAAAGGGUACCUCAAGCUUCGGUAAACGCCACACAAAGACCCACACUUUAUGCCGUCGAUGUGGAAGGCGUGCAUUUCAUAAUCAAAAGAAAACUUGUGCUCAGUGCGGAUACCCCUCUGCAAAAACGAGGAGCUACAACUGGAGCGAAAAAGGUAAACGUAGAAAAACUACAGGUACUGGCAGAAUGCGGUAUUUAAAGCAUCUUCCUCGUCGUUUUAAGAAUGGUUUUCGUGAAGGCACUCAAGCAGUAAAACGAUCAGCUCCAGCUACGGAUAGUUCUGACGUUUGAAGAAUUUUUCUUUUAGUAACUUUUUAAAUCUUUAUGUAAAUGACAAUAAUUUUAAUAAAAUGAAUGCUUAAAGUUACACUAUAUUAUAUACUAC